AACCGACAUAUUUUCCUUAGUUAACUUACUAGCGUCAUCAUGGCUGGUCAAAUAUUAUACUUGACUUUUCUCUUCGCGCUCGUAGUGUGCAUGGUGCAUGGUGCACCUCUUGCAGCGAAAUCGAGCUAUUUUUCGGAUGAUGAUAUAGACAUAAGGGCAAAUCUUGAUGAUACAAUUGAUCGUCUGUUGCCUUCCAUACGACAGACAAUCUUGAAAAAUGAUAUGGAUCCUUUGAAAUUACCCGACUUCUCCGAACCUAUUUUCCCAGAUUUGGUUGGGAUAUUUAAGGGAAACGUCGAUCUUAGUAAAGGGUGGUUGCAAAAUUUGUCAUUAUUAAAACGCUCCAAUCACGUGACUGCAAUAUACAAGAACAAGCGUUUGACGAUGGAUUUGAAUUUGGGAUUUAACGUUAUGGACGCUAAUUACUCAUAUAAUCUGAAACAUUUGCUGUAUAAGAGAGACGGUGAUAUAAACGUUCGUUUAUUCGAUCUUGAUGUCAACGUCGUGAUGACGAUCGAUUUGAACGAGUACAACUUGAUUCUUGAUUCCAUCAGUUUUUCUAGUGUCCGGAAGUUUGAUAUAAAAUUCGAAGGUAAUCUUCUGGAUCGUAUUUUGAACGCUUUAACAAAACUAAUCACAUCACUGUUCAAAAAUCCCAUAUUACGAAUUGUCGAGAAUCAUGCUCAAUUGAUCUUUAAUAAGAAAAUUGCGGAAUGGAAUACAAUGAUUCCGCGAUCAAAUCGCGAGGAGAUCAUAAAGACGUGGCUUGACAUUGUAAAUGUACCUAAAUCUUAAUUACUUUGUUCUAUGAAAUAUUGUUGUUUAUUUUGCAAAAUAUAAACCUCCCCCAAAAAACAAAUAA